AUGGCCGUGUUCCACGAUGAGGUGGAGAUCGAGGACUUCGAGUACGACGAGGAGACCGGGACCUACAGCUACCCGUGCCCCUGCGGGGACCGAUUUCUCAUCACGCGGGAGGACCUGGAGAACGGGGAGGACGUGGCCACCUGCCCCAGCUGCUCCCUGAUCCUGCGCGUCAUUUACGACCAGAGGAAUCAACAGCAAACUGCCCUGAAGAAAUGGCUCUUGCCAGUGUCUGGGAGCUUGCUAUGGCAGCCAGGGAUCCGUCAGCUGGACUGCGUGAGCUCAGGAAGCACCAGUGCUCAGCCAGACUAAGUGGUCUUCCAGGCUCUGUGGUUUGUUGACUGAUUUGUAGGCGAAGGCAGCUCUUGGCACCACAGAUGGUAAGUUUUUGAUGAGUAUGACACACAGAGAAGCUAGGUAAGACAACAAAAAGCCAGGAGUUUAUAAGACAACUUGUCCAAUGAGAAAUUUCCUUCAAGACUUAUUUUUUAAUUGACGUGAUGGGUUUUAUGUGUCUGCCCGCUUGAAAUAUUUUGACUAUUAAACUCUGUUCACUGCUGGGCUCUUGAUUUCUAAGCAGGCAAAUUGUGUGCUAAUAAGAGGGAAAGCAGAAGAGGGUGACAGUAAUGCAAUGACCUGUUGUCUCUGUAGGGCUGUUUUGCAUCAAACAUUUUGGUUUGGCUAUAGCUUUUGACCACUUUUGGUUUGCAGAGUAAUCCCAAACUAGAUGUAUAAAGGGUGAUUGACAGAAGCAGCCUUCCAAUGGCUUGUACUCAGAUAUAAAUAUCUGAUGUUCUCCAUCUUGAACUCCUGAUACAUCAAAGUAUCAGUUGAUUUUCUUUCAGAGCUGCAAUUAAAUUUUUUGUGUAAUUAUUACAUUAAAUGAUAAAAAAGAGGCUGUAAAAACCCCCAGUUUUCACCUAAUAGCAUAUUAAGAAGUGAAUAAAAAAUACCGUGAAAAAUACAAUACUAAAGGAUGUAAUCCUUUAAAGCUCAUUUAUGCCUGUAACAAUGUAAGUGACAUUAUUAGAUUAUUUGUUACCAGUCUGUAAGACUGAGGGACUAAUAAAUGCGAGAGCAAUCUUUUGAGUAAUUGCACAAAAUAAGUUAGAUAUUUUAAAAUAUAUUUGGUGGUUUUAUAUUAUGCAUAUUUUAAAAAAGUUGAUUACUUUCACCUUUUUCUCAAUUCGUAACACAAAAUUACCAUUGGUAUAAAUAAAUAUCACGAUAGUAUUACCAAAGGUCAUGGAUUCUAGGAAAGGUCACUGUACAGCUACUUAGAAACUGAAUAAUGCAUUCAGCCCUUACUUAGGCUGGUCUACCUGUAACUUAGGUUCAAGCUAAGAAGAACCUUGCAAACAAUCCUGGCACCUGUAUCUGUUCUGUGUCAUGAAAAUUAUGCUGCAGCUUUCCAGCCUACUCAGCAGAAAUUUAUAGAACAUUUAUUAUUAAUAUUAGAGUUAACAUCUUAAAAAUAUUAUAGAGACACUUCUGAAAAUUUAAAUUCUUAUUCCUUUGGGACCAGAUCAUGCUGUAACACAGCAUCCUACACAGUGGGGUCUCUCAGUUUGUGAACAAAGAAGCUGUCUUGGAAAAGUGUGCUGUUGGAUUUAACUCAUUUGAGGAAACUGCAGAUGGUAGCAAGUUUGUUCUUGGCUGUCACCUCUGUGCCUGAAGCCAGAUCUUGGGGGAAUUGGAAGAGCUGGGCACUGGGGUUGGGCUCCUGGAAGGGAUUUUAGCCUGGGGAACCUUUGGGAUUAUUUUCCUUCCACUUAACUCCAGUUUAAAAUUUAUAUAUGACAUCUAAAUUAAUCAUCAAGAAUCCCUCCCUAAUCAGCAGAGAAAGCAAGCAUUUCUAGAUAGUGAUUUACUCAUAUUGGUUGAGUACUUGCCAUUGGUUACCUCUGGAAGUGUUCUCUGCUCACCAGUAAAAGAAACUUAGACAACUACCUCAGUUGUGACUACUGUUCAGGCGGCCCCAUUUAGCAGAGGUGAAUCCUGUUCCAUGUGUCUAAAGCAUAAUAAUCCCCAAGAGUGCUAGCUAAUUAAAAAAAAAAAAAAUUAAAAUUAGCAGCUAGAAAGAUAGCAAAACUACUAUGGCUGCUCUCUCAAGUCAUGUAGCCAGAUUGUUUUUCCAAAACAUCCUUCCAAACCACCUGGUGAAUAAGCAGCUGUGAGCUGCCUGAAGAGUAUGCCAGAGUUCAUGCUUUCCAGGGACUCUACAUUUGGAGUCCUUAUUCAGACCUUUCUAAUGAAACCAGUGGAAAUUAUGGCAAAGGUCUGCAAAAUCAAGCCCCCUCUAAGAUGCUGGCAGGGGCAAGUCCUCCUGUACAUUUCUGUAAGACUGUCAGGUGAUGGCUAAAUGAGGGUAUUGUCACUGGAUGCUUUCCGACUGGGUUUUUUGCAGACUAGCUGUGCUGCAGCAUGAGGAAAACAAGGCAUUAAGAAAUCAUAACACAAUGAAGGAAAUAAAAAUACAUUUUUCUGUUCACUGAUACACUUUAUUCAGGGCAGACACUUGCAGUUUGCAUAGCUUAAAAACAUGGACUUAAAAACAUGUUACCUAUUUGCAAAACACUUCUUUUUACUCUCUUCCAAUAUGUUUGCAGUUUGAAUCAAACUGCUGGAGAUAAAAUGAGAUAGUCAGAAUCUGAAAGCUCUCACUCACAUGUCACCUUCCAGCUGUUAUGGAAACCCAGGCUGUUACUGUUCUUGUCUUAGAUCCCUGAAUAUAGCUCCAUUCCUUCCUGAGGAGAUCAGUAAUGGAAGCUAUUGCAUUUUAAUCAGCAGACAGUAUUACAGCUCAAUGAACAUCUCCAAGGAAGGACCUGGAAGCACUUACACGUGGACUGAGAGAUACCCUCAACAUUUCUGUGCUACAGGAUUUAGCAUGAAGGUUGAUAAACCUUCUUUCCCCAUUUAGACUUCAGGUUAACACAUGGAGAGAAAUGCUGCUAUUGUUUCUCUGUGUCAGUGAUGGCGCCUCACCUAACAGGACAAACCCCAAUGGCCAGCCCCAGGGCCAACACUGACUGCGUCAACUGGGGCUCGGUUUAAAAGUACUUUGAAUAAUAUUUCAAGUCUUCAUUUUCUUCCAUUUACCAUGAGCUGGGAGAGGAAUAAACCAGGCUGUUUAGUAAGGGCUGUCACUGAACGGUGACCUGCUCUUGAAUCUGACCUUUUAGCUCAGCUUCAUGGGUGGGUUUGGCUCAAAGCACUCACUGUGCCUGAGUUGCACAAUUCAAAGAAACAGGUGGAGUUACACUCUAAGAUAUUUAUUCGUGUUAUGCUGGAAUUCCUUUGCUCUUGCCUGAGGCUCUGCUUCAGAGGCCAUCAAAGUUUAAACUGCUUCAUUCUUGCAUGAAACAUUUUGUCCUUACAGUUUUCUCCUGUCACUGGGAAUUAGUGGAACCUGAAAUGUUGACCUUGUCUAAAUACAGAACUGAAAGUAAUUCCAUGUUUUGUGGUGCUCAAAACAUCAUUGUCUGCUAGUAUUGCAUGAAAGUUGGGUAAAAAUGAGGAAAACAUAUCAGCAUCCUUAGCUGCCACUCUUUGUUGAGCCCAGUUCCAUGAGGAGAAGAGUUUAGAUGAUGGAUCUAACCACAGGGGCAAAGUCUAAAUGACCACAAUGAGGAAACAGUAUUGGUACAAGCAACCAAUUCAUUUAAAAGGCGUAUAGGAGAAAAACUAGGCAAAACAGGGAUAGAUGCUUUGCCUUUGGUUUUUUAAAUUUGUGUGUACUAAGUUAUGUUUAUAUUAGAGGGAAGUGUGCUCCACAAUCCAUGUCCCCUGGCUGCCUUAGUACGGAGACCUCCUAGACCACAUUGUAGCUCCCUUCUGGCCCAUGCUCUGGAAUUUAGUUCCCUUGGAAACCAAACACACAUUUACUCUGUUACUAAGUGAAACAAGUGUAUUAACAAUUAUUUUCUAAAUGGUACUGCAUCAUAUAUUUUCAUUUUAGUUUUUGAAGAGGUAUUAGGUAACAUAUUUUUCUAUUGUACAUAUAUCUACAGCAAACCUUACUUUCUAGGCUUUUAUCAUUAUGUUAAAAAGUAGUAUAAAUGAAGAUGUCAAUGUCUCUGAAAUUUAAUUCCAAACAUUUCCCCUCUAAAAAAUAUUUUCAUUCUUCGUGAUAAAUAUCACUUGUGUUCAAUUACCAUAUUUGUAUACACAUUUUUUUAACAUUUACCUAAAUUCUGAAGGAUUAUAUUCCCAGUGCAGUGUCCAAAAUAUAAUAAAUAAUACAUAAUAAAAAAAUCUGGCAUACUUAUAAUUUAAAAUAAAGGAAUCACGUGUCAUUAACAAAAGCAUUUUACUCAGCUUUUAUGCAAUUAAAAAAUUCUCUUUUCUCACCCUAGAUUUGGGCAAUGGUCAGGGAUCACUUGGUGUUCUGGAAGAGGUUUCUACCAUCCUCUCAGCUGAAAAUUAAAGCAAUUUCCAGAAUGUCACCGGGAAUUUUAAAUGACACAGCAGAAGCAGUAAUAGAUUCUGAUGCUAUUAAAGAAAGCAUAAGUGGUAAUCAAGAUGAUUGGAGUGAUGCCUGAACACAGUGUAGAAUCUGUAGCACUCAAAGCAGGCAGACAGCUAGACACUGGGAGAUGUUUUGGACAACACAACACAGAAUGCUCUUUGUGUCUUCUGUUGUAACCAAUUUUAUAUGCUUGGUACGAAUUUAUUAUGAUUUACUGAGAGCAGGUGACUGGAAGGCUCUGAGCAGAAUAUUCUGUUACUCCUUCCUUUCUCUAAAGUCUAAACAAUGUGCUGUACAUUUAAAAAACCUCACAAUUUUCUGUCUCUUGAAAAGAAUUCAAAACCUAAGAGAGUUUCACUAAUGAUGUCAUUCUCCUUUAAUAUAUACAUAGGACUAUAACUGAUUUACACUAUAAAUCAGAUGUGGUGCUGAUGUGGGAAGACUCCCAAAUCUUUGUUCUGUCUUAGCAGGCUCUUGGAAAGUGUUGUCAUCACUGAUUUUAUCUUCAAAAUGGACAGUACCUUAAUGAGAUACUGAAGUGGAAGUUUGCUUGGCUAGUGCAUACUGUGUGAGACCAUUCUUGUUACUUAACCUCAUCUCUCAUUCACUCCUUUGAAAGACAGCAGGUCAGCAGCAAUGGAGGCUCUACAGAAGAAGCUUCUUUAGAAAAUUUGGUCUUUUCAGGAUCAUCUUGAAGACCCACGACAGCAAGAAUCUACACAAUCUUCUUGGCUAAAACUGACAGCUUGAAAGACUUAACUCAAGGUGCAAGCAAAUGGAAGCAAACCAAUAUUUUUUUCCUAGGUAGCCAGUGUUGAAACUGUUUCCCUUCACUUGCUGUUUUCAGCCAGUACUUCUGUUACUGUAACAAUAAUAGUAAUAAUAAUAAUAGUAAUAAGCUCAUCCCAUGGCUUUACAAGAGCA